AUGGGCGCCCCGCGCCGCUGUUGGCUGCGGCCGCUGCUCGCCGCCUGCCUGGCCGCCCGCCUGGCCGCCCUGCCCGCCGCCUGCCCCCGCCUCUGCGCCUGCUACGGCCCCGCCGAGGUGCACUGCACCUUCCGCUACUUCACCGCCGUCCCUCCGCGCAUCGCUCCGGACGUGGAGCGCAUCAACCUGGGGUACAACAGCUUGCUCACACUGACUGACACGGACUUUGCCGGCCUGGAGAAACUGGAGUUACUGAUGCUGCACAGCAAUGAGAUAAAUGCAAUCCCUGAGAAGGUGUUCAGGGAUUUACGUUCACUACAGGUCUUAAAAAUGAGCUACAACAAGGUCAGUGUUCUUCAGCAAGAUGCUUUCUAUGGUCUGAAGAGCUUGGUCCGGUUGCACAUGGACCACAAUGAAAUUGAAUUUGUAAAUCCCAACGUGUUCUAUGGCCUCACAUCACUGAGGCUGGUCCACUUGGAAGGAAAUCUCCUGAAGCAGCUCCAUCCAGACACUUUUGUCACCUUGAGCUACCUCCAAAUAUUUAAAGUAUCCUCCAUAAAGCACGUACACCUGUCUGACAACGCGCUGACCUCGCUACCACGAGAAAUGUUUUCCUACAUGUCCGAGCUGGAGAGCAUUUACCUUCAUGGGAACCCGUGGUCCUGCGACUGCGAUCUACAGUGGUUUGCAGAAUGGGCAAAACAGAGGCCAGAUGUCGUAAAGUGCAAAAAAGACCGAAGUUCUGGUGCUCAGCAGUGCCCAGUCUGUGCCAGCCCCAGGAACUGCAAAGGGAAGAACUUUGUGGGUAUUCCUCCUGCAGCUCUAACCUGCAUAAAGCCAGUCAUACAUCACACCCUGAAACUCAAAAACCUCACAGUGCCAGAGGAUGGGGAUUUCAGCUCUGUAUCUCCCGAAGACUUCCUAGCUCCCAUAGGAUCCGUGGUUUUGAACAUGACUGACCAAGGAGGAAAUCGAGGUAACUUGGUUUGCAACGUUCAGAAACCAAAAGAAGCGUCUCCCAUCUCAUUUGACAAAGAGGACAACGUCACAAUCCUCAGAACAUCAUUCUCAUCAUUUCUCGUGUGCGACAUCGCCUACGGACACAUUCAGCAGCUGUGGAGCAUACUGGCCCUGUACAGUAAUUCUCCCCUCAGACUCGAAAGGAGUGCCCUCGCAACUGAAACACCUCUUGUCACUUACCAGUAUAAGCAAAUCUACUCUGAAAAAGAUGAACUGUUUACCAAAGUAGAGGCUGAACUCAGAGCCGAACCAUCAUGGUUAAUGCAAAACAAAGUGGCACUGCAGCUUGACAGGACAGCAACCACACUUAGCACGCUGCACAUCCGCUACUCUACUGAUGCUGAGAUAGUUUUGCCCACUGGUGACCAAAAGAAAGAGGGGAAUAACUGGACAGUGAUCUCCAGGGACAACAAAACGCAAACAGAGCACACUGUUCCAGUCGGGGGGACUGUACAACUGGACUGCCAAGCAAUCGGGGAGCCAGCUCCUGCGAUAGAGUGGAUAUUGGCUGAUGGGAGCAAAGUCAGAGCGCCUUAUGUCAGUGAGGAUGGCAGGAUUGUAGUAGUAAAAUCUGGGACACUCGCGUUACGAACAGCUGAUAUGUUUGACACUGGGCUCUAUCACUGCAUAGGCACAAAUUAUAACGAUGCAGAUGUCCUCACGUUUAGAAUCACUGUGGUUGAUCCUUAUGUGGAACACAGCAGUGUAAAUGGGGCCCAAUUUUCCACCACGGUUGGCAGCAUUCUGGACCUUCCCUGUACCUCUGCCGCUGUUCCGGAUGCUGCCAUUAGUUGGGUGUUACCUGAGCGAGUGGUUCUUCACCACUCUGUAAGAAACAAACAUAUUUUUGACAAUGGUACCUUAAGAAUACAGGGGGUAACAGAGCGAGACAGCGGCUACUUUAGAUGUGUUGCAGCCAACCAGUACGGCGUUGAUCUUUUGAUUUUCCACGUGCUGGUUAGAGAGGACAAAAGCACCCCACGGAAAGCACCUGCGGCUGCAGGAGAGUGGGAAGAGAGCGAUGGCUCUGGCGAUGCAAUGCUGCCCUCAGUUAGAGGAAAGCAGAAUUCCUCAGCUGCCCUGCUGAGCUGGACGGGUCAGGAGCCCAGUGCCCCAGCACACAGACAGCAGGGCACACACAGCGCCCGCACAGGCAGCAGCCACAGGAGGACGACGACCCGGCAGCACAGGGACAAAGCUGGCAGGAGGCUCAGGGGGCACCGAAGGCGCUUUGGCUCCUCAGCCAAGAGAGUCAACCCCCAGCGCUGGGCGGCCUUUCUGGAAAAAGCAAAGAGGAACCCACCUGGGAUAGAAAAACAAGAAGUGGAGACAAACCCGCCUGUUCAGGUCCGUGAGUUCUCAACGGUGCCUGCGGAUGAAGAGGAAACGUCCGGUGCUGCCAUCUCUCCAGAACAAGAGUUCAUGAUAGUGGUAACAGAGGGGACCACCACGUCUUCCCUGGGGAGCACAGCCGGAAGCACAACCCCUGCGGGGGCCGGGACCCCCCCACCCGCUCCCUUCCCACAGCCCAGCCCAUCUGUCAGCCCCACACCAGCAGAUCUAAACCCUACAACCACAACCUCAGACUUGUGGGAAAGACCCAACUUAAGCCAAGCAUCGGCAAACGGUGGGAAACAAUCGAUGGCAAGAGAGGGAGCGAGCAGAACAUCCACACUCAUCAGUGCUCAGCAAAGAUCAGCAUCUCCUGGAGAACGUAACAGUGGGCAUUUAAAGGCUGUAUCUGCGACAACCACGGGGAAUGUUGCAGACAGCAGCACACCUGCAACUUCCCAAAAUGCAGUGGGUGAGAUGCAUGGUUUUACAGAGUUUACUGAUAAGAUUUCCACCAAAACAGGUGGUCAGGCAAUUGCAGCAACAAUCAGCAAGCCAGACACUGAGUUUGGUCACAUUCACUUCCACAGUGCUCAGAAACCCGUAACUCCUGCACUACCACUGGGCCCAAAUGCUAUUAGUCAUCAGCACGUUCAAAUCAUUCAGGAUGUGACAACUCACACACCUCGGGCCCAGCAACAAUAUGGGAGAAGGAGGAAGAUGUCUGGUAGGAGAAAAAUGGUCAGGCCAGGACGUCUUCUGAGUAUGAGAGAGCACAGGCGCAAUUCAGGGAAGCAAGGCUCUGCCGGAGGGAGAACAGCUACUGCUCCAGCUGUCCUGCUGAGUUCAACACACAGCCCUAACGUGCCUGCCUUGAACAACUCACACAGCAGCAUCAACCCGCUCAGCCCAGAAGCGCCUCUGUCCUCCCCCUCUACUACAAAUAUGUCCUCAGAGCACCCAGCAGGCACAGCUCAGAGCACAGCAUUCCUCAUGGAAGAGAACAGUGCACCCACUGCAAGGCAAGGAGCCGCUUCCACAGCAGUGCCUGUCGUUACUCAAAGCACCAGAGAUGCUGCCCAGCAGGAAGCAGAGAGCAGAGCUCCGUGUCACGGCAGCACUUACAGAGCCCUGCCAACAUCUGCAACCCGCACAGCUCACACUGCACAAAUCACACACAUGAUGAGCAUGAGGACUGCUUCUGCUCCCCCAUCGGUCUUCUCCAGAUGCUCAUCCAAAAACUCCCAGGGAGGAAAAAUUACAAGAGCACUUCUCUUUGGAAAUGACACACAAAAGGAAGUGCUGAGGACAGAUGCGUUUCCACCAACAGAGUUAUCAGUCUCGCUUCCUAAAACUACAGCAGUGGCAUCAAGACCCCAUGUCUCUCCUUUGCCCUUCACGCCCAUCUCAGCGGGCGUCAAUCCCAUCCCAUCUCUAGGCAAACCCACUGACAGCAGCAGUACGUCAGAGAAGCCCCCUGACUGCAGCCCUGCAAUGAGCACAGCUGGAGGAAUGGGCAGAGAGAGUCCAAAGCCAACAGCUACAGCUCCUACGGCUCCUCAAAAAGUGUUCAGAACAGGAAGGAGGAGAGGCCAGAGGAGGAGGCGGCCCCCUAAAACAGCUCCUUCCCAAAGCCCAACCAUGGGCGCCCGCACUACAGCAGACACAGCCUCAGCCUCCGCACUCGCAGUCAGCCCGCCGGCUGUGCCCACGAGGCACACACCUGCAGCUGCAGGGUCUGACAGCGCACCUGCAGGCUGGGUCACAGCUCUAUGGGCUCUCACCCCACCAGGCACAGCACGGCACGGGCCCACCACAGCCCCGCAGACAGCAGCGGCCCCCAGCGUGGGGGUGAGCACCCCGCCUGUGUCACUGCUGCCCCGCAGCCGUCGGCCACAAACCCCCACUGCAACCACCCCAACCCCACUGCUGCCCUCGGAGCCUCUCGGUGCCAAGCGAGCCCAUCCUGCUGCAGCCAGUGCCGCGGCGCGCUCAGAAUCUGCUCAGCACCUCAAAGCUUUCACCCCAGCGGCCGAGCGGCCACACCUGUGGACAGACAAGGAGGCCACACGAGGCAGCCCCGUGGCACAGCCCAUGGACCGGGGCAGCACCGAGCUGAGCAGCAGAGCUCCGGGCACCACAGCUCCCCAAGCACAGCGUCCCACCCCGGCACUGCCCACGGGGGGGAUCGGUGCUGGGCUGCCAUCUGCAGAACGGGGAGGCAAAACCCUAACGGCUAACGCGCCGACCGUGCCGACGCCAUGGCAGGAUGUCGUUCCACAUGCACACCUGUGGGGCAGCUCUGCCAAUGGCUGGUCUGACCAGAGACAGCAUCACAAAACCACCACCAGCAUCCCUCUGUCCUUGUUCUCUUUAAGCAGAAACUAUUUCACAAAGCCCAGAAUAAUUGGAGGAAAACUAGCUGCCUUCACCGUGCUGGCCAACUCAGAUGCUUUCAUUCCGUGUGAAGCUACAGGCAACCCCCAGCCAACCAUAGAAUGGACCAAGAUCUCCCCAGGUAAGCUCAGCAGCAGCUCCGGAAGAUUAAACAGGUGGACGGUGCUGCCCAACGGCACACUCGCCAUCACACGGGCAGCCCUGCAGGACAGCGGGCAGUACUGCUGCACCGCCACCAACGCUCUGGGCACAGCACGGCUCCUGGCCACGCUGGCCGUGGUGGCCUACCCACCCCGCAUCGCCGGUGGCACGCGGCUCCUCACUGCCCAUGCAGGGACGCCCGUGGCCGUGAGGUGUCCGGCUGAGGGCAGACCUCCUCCCUCCAUCUCGUGGGUUCUGGCCAAUGAAACGCACAUUUCCAGCUCUUCCCAGGGAAAUCGGAAAGUUCUCGUGCGGCCGGAUGGCACCCUAGUGAUCAAGGACGUCACGGUUUACGACAGGGGCCUCUACACAUGCACGGCCACAAACCCAGCAGGCACCGAUACGCUGACUGUGAAGCUGCAGGUCAUCGCAGCACCUCCCGUCAUCCUGGAGGAAAAGAGACAGCAGAUCACAGCUACAGCGGGGCAAGACCUGAACCUUCCUUGCACCGCAGAAGGAAAUCCUCAGCCCCGCGUCCACUGGGUCCUCUCCGAAGGGACGGUGGUGAAGCCCCUGCAGUUUGUGAACACCAGGGUGCUGCUGCUUCCCAACGGCACCCUGCGGCUCAGCGGCAUCGUGCCCACUGACAGCGGGAUCUACGAGUGCAUCGCCACGAGCUCGACGGGCUCAGAGCGCCGGGUGGUGACCCUCACUGUGCGGCACCGGGACACACUGCCAAGGAUAGCUGCCGCCUCCCAGGGCAUGACCCGGCUCAGUUUUGGGGAUAAACUGCUGCUGAACUGCACGGCCACAGGGGAGCCCCAGCCCAGGAUAAUUUGGAGGCUGCCAUCCAAGGCGGUCGUAGACCAGUGGCACAGAAUGGGAAGUCGAAUCCAUGUGUACCCCAAUGGAUCCCUGGUUAUCGAGGCAGUUACUGAAAAGGAUGCGGGGGACUAUUUGUGUGUUGCAAGAAACAAAAUUGGAGAUGAUCUGAUACUGAUGAAAGUCAGCAUCACAAUGAAACCAGCCAAGAUUGACCAGAAACAGUAUUUCAAGAAACUGGUGCCCUAUGGAAAAGAUUUCCAGGUGGACUGCAAGGCCUCUGGGUCACCUGCACCAGAAAUAUCCUGGAGUUUGCCGGACGGGACAGUGAUCAACAACGCGAUGCUGGCAGACGACAGCGGACACAGGUCUCGCAGAUACAUCCUCUUUGACAACGGAACGCUGUAUCUCAACAGAGCUGGAGUAACAGAGGAGGGAGAUUACACCUGCUACGCUCAGAACACUCUGGGGAGAGAUGAAAUGAAAAUACACAUCACAGUCGUCACGGCAGCCCCUCAGAUAAAGCACAGUUACAAGACGUACAUUAAAGUGAAAGCCGGGGAUACGGCGCUGUUGGACUGUGAAGCUGCUGGGGAGCCUCCACCAAAAAUAUUCUGGUUGCUGCCUUCCAGUGACAUGAUCUCCUCUUCCACAGACAGGCACCUCCUGCACGCUAACGGCUCCCUGUCAGUCCGCCGUGCCAAACUGCUGGAUGCAGGGGAGUACAUGUGUGUUGCUCGUAAUGCUGGAGGGGAUGAUACAAAAUUGUAUAAACUGGAUGUUGACGCGAAACCACCUAUCAUAAAUGGUUUAUACACGAACAAAACAAUCAUUAAAGUGACUGCAGUGAGGCACUCGAAGAAACAAAUUGACUGCAGGGCAGAAGGGACACCUCCCCCCCAGGUCAUGUGGAUCAUGCCCGAUAACAUUUUCCUGACAGCUCCGUACUACGGCAGCAGGAUUGUUGUACACAAAAAUGGCACACUCGAAAUCCGGAACCUAAGGCCUUCUGACACAGCAGAUUUUAUCUGCGUGGCACGGAACGACUGGGGAGAGAGCAUGCUGGUGGUGCGGCUGGAGGUACUGGAAAUGCUAAGGCGACCUAUGUUUAAAAAUCCAUUCAAUGAAAAAAUAAUAGCAAAACCCGGAAAAACAACCACACUGAACUGCUCUGUGGAUGGAAACCCUCCACCUGAAGUAAGCUGGAUGCUGCCCAACGGCACGUGGUUCUCCAAGGGGACCAGGAUGUCCGAGUUCCUCCCAGGAAGCAAUGGAACCCUUACCAUCCGCAACCCCAGCAGGGACAAAGCCGGGAAGUAUCGCUGCGCAGCCAAGAACCAGGUCGGCUACAUCGAAAAGCUGAUCGUCCUAGAAGUUGCUCAGAAGCCCACCAUCCUCAUUUACCCCCAGGGGCCAACGAGGGGCAUCAGCGGAGAAUCGUUAUCGCUUCACUGCCUGUCCGACGGCAGCCCCAAACCCAGCACGGCGUGGACUCUGCCGGGCGGCCACGUGCUGGACCGACCUCAGAUCAACAGCAGACACAUUCUGCUGGAAAAUGGCACGCUGGUGAUACGAGCAGCUACUAUUCAUGACAGAGGGAAUUACUUGUGUAAGGCCCAUAACCCCGCCGGAGAUUCGUCUGUAACCGUUCCUGUCACCAUUGUAGCCUAUCCUCCAAGGAUUACAAACAGACCCCCGCGGACCAUAAGUACCAUGCCUGGUGCAGCAGUUCAGCUCAGCUGCACGGCGCUGGGAAUACCAAAGCCAGAAAUUACAUGGGAAUUACCAGACCACUCCAUACUUUCUACAGGUAACCACGGCCGGGCGUCUGGCAGUGAACUGCUGCAUCCCCAGGGGACGCUGCUCAUCCAGAACCCCCGGCCCUCGGAUUCUGGAAUGUACAAGUGCACAGCAAAGAACCAUCUUGGCAGUGAUUUCACAGUAACAUACAUUCAUGUCAUUUGAAAUAAGAAGUACAGAAUGAA